AUGCUUUCAGACGAUGAUUCGGGUGCUCUUCCAUCGCCGGACACCGUCGUUCACUUCGACCUCCCGAAAUCGCCGAAAGCGCUUCGCGGACGCUGUCACCCACAGCACGCCAACAUCUUUUUCCACCUCAGCCACGAAAAGGUCCUAGUGGCCCAUCUGCAAAACUCGCUCAACUGCAUCAUGACCAAGUGGCAGUUGCCUUCGAAAGCCGAACAGGCAGAGGCGUUCCUGGAGCACCUGGCCACUGUGGUCGACAGCAUGCACCCAUUGCCUGUCAGCGUUGAGUACGAUAGCACCGACAAACGGGAUAGCCAGUUAGUUGUGCACAUAUCUGAUAAUGACAGCACGUGCAGGGCUCUGUCGGCACUGCUGUACUUCGCAUAUCGCAAACACGCACACAGCAAGAAGCAGUACCUGCUGCACGACCCCGGGUUCGAGAGGUUCAAGACACGCAGAGAUGUGGAGGCGUAUCUCAGCGAAAACGGAAUAUCGAAUUACAUGGGUAUAACGCUCACGCGAAGGGGGUUUGUAGUCGAGAGCUACGACAUGCUGCGGCAACCCAUGGUGCACGGGUCCACACCGCAACUGUCGGGUAUAAGGCGGAUCCGGGAGCGUGUCAAGUCGGGGUAUAUCUCAUCGCACAAAGGAAGGACGUUAGUUUUGUAA